AUGGCAUACGGUAAAUGUCGUGACGGUGGAACGGGCGCAAGUGCCGCUCUUCAACGUCAAGUGGCUAACGACCUUCCGGCGAGCGCAAACAAAUCGCCUUUCACAAAGCCGUCCAGACACUCGACAAGGCGUUUCGUUCUCUGGCGUUCGAGUGCCAACUUGGCACCCAAUUUCGAGUGAGACGACUGCAAGCACUUGAUGCUCUCAGCGCUGGACACGUUGCGAUCGUCAGGCACCCGAAGCGUCGUUCGUUUGGCUCUGCUUCAUGAAUAUGGCCCGCCAGCCAUGGUCGGCAACCGGAUCUUUCGCUGCGUUUCUUGUUCGCGCAAUCGAAGCAUCUCAACCGACAUCGGCCUCCAUCUAAGAAACGAAGUCGAAAAGUCUUCUGAAGUCUUUGCAGGAAUUUGGUCAAACAAAAUUUCAAUUUAA